GGCGGCCAAGUUGGAGCUGCGCGGCCCCGAGGGGGCCUUGGAUUUGAUCGUGGUGUACUUCCCGACUGGCAACCAGCUCACGGACACCGACUACUAUGGUUUCUCGGCGGCCGAGGUGGAGCGGUCUCCUUCGUUUCGCGACCUCCGUGGCUGCCUCCGCGCACGGCUCUCCCGUGCGAUCGCCCCGCGGUCGUCAGCCUUGACGGUCUUAGGUGGCGACUUGAACUACGUGGCGGACGACUUCGAUCGCAUGUCGACGACCUCGGGCUCGCGCACUGGACGGAGGGAUGCGGGCGAGGAGCGACGCUUUCAGAACUUAGUCGGCUCCCCGCACGGGCUCGCAGAGAUGUAUCAACCCGAGCCCGCCCAUGCCUCGACGAGCUCUCGGGCCAGACUGGACCGGGUGUACAUGAACCGCGACAUGACGGACCAGCUGGACCGUCAACUGCGCGCGGUCGCGCUGGAGUGGAAGCCGCAUCUGUCUGCUCAUCGUCCCGUUCUGGUUUCUCGCACGGCCCCCCACCGGCACGCUUCGGCCACCCGCCGCAUUCCCGACUUCGCGGUGCAGCAUCCUGAUUUCAAGCGUCGCGUAGCGCUGGAGUACGAGGAGCAAUUGGCGACCUCCCCCUCGGCGUCUGGCCUAGCGAAGCUCCAGAUCUUCAAGGAGGCGGUAAGGAAUGUCGCUUUUCGGCUGUCUGCCGACAGCUCGGCCCCUCCCCCGGCAGAGUGCUUGGAGGACAGGCUGGGCCUCACCAUGAAACUCAUCCGCUCGAUGGAGUGUGGAUUUCCGGGGGAGUUGUCCAAAUGCUUGGUCCGCUAUCCCCACCUUCGCGAGUUGGUCACCAAUCCUUACGACUUCACUGGCAACCUCUCUGUCCGGCUACGGAACCUACGACAGCAUGCUGCCGAGUUGGCCCGGGACCACGCCCUGGACGAGCUCGCCGCAGCUCGGACUGAGGCGGCCCCCGCACAGACCGACGUUGGUGAGGGCCGCGCCCGACGUACUCGCAAACGCGGCGCUCGACUGCUUCGCCGCCUCGCACCAGGCCGUUCGGUGGGGAUCUCUGCAGUAGUGGACGCCCAGGGCGUCGUGCAAACGAGCGCGGAGAAGAUGGUCGCCAUCCUCCGGUCGCAUUGGAAGGGCGUGUUCACACGCCUCCGGCUGCGGCGACGCCAUAUCAAACGGGCCAUCAAGAUCACCGGCAACACAGCCCCUGGGCCCGACGGCAUCUCAUUUCGCAUAUGGCGUCUCUUCGGGGAGCUGUCGGUGGACCUCUUGUUUGGCGCGUUCCAGGGCCUCAUUGAUGAGAAUGCGUUGGACGAGCUCGCAUCCCUGGGGUUCGAGUUCAACGCGAGCCUCUUGCACCUGCUUCCGAAGAAG